CCGGUUUGAGUAAAAACACAACACAAGACAACGUGAGGAGUCGCAAAAAAUAGUUAUCAACUUAAAAUAUACCGAAUUAUAAUGGACAGAAAAUUCCUAUGAGGAAGAAAUAUGAGUUCUGGUUUCGGUCUUCUGGCCGUGGGACUUUUGGGUCUUAUUGUGGCGGGUUAUAUUGCUCAAAGUCGGCUACCGCCACCAAAACCAAAAAUUGUAGGAAUUGAUUUGGGAACAACAUAUUCCUGUAUCGGGGCUUACGAGGCCAUUACAAGCAAGGUUUUCAUAUUCCCAAACAAACAUGGUAAAAAUACAAUGCCAAGUAUCGUCAGCUUCACUAAUGAAGGAGUAAAAGUAGGGCAAAAUGCGUUGGCAAUGGCAGAAAUUAUUCCGCGAUCUACAGUCUAUGACGCUAAGCGAUUUAUUGGUAAAAACUUCACUCAGCCAGAAAUUGACGAAAUUUCAAAAUUGUAUCAGUUCAAAAUAGCUAUGUAUGACAAUGGUCUAGCUUAUUUUAAAGUAGACAAUAAAGGAUUGGAACGAGAAGUUACUCCUGAGGAAAUUGGAUCAUAUAUUAUUAAAGAAUUAGUGCAUGAUGCCCAGAUGAAUUUAUCAAGGAUCAUCACGAAGGCAGUUAUGUCUGUUCCAGCUGAAUUUGACAAGAGUCAAAGAGAGGCUACAAAGCAAGCUGCAAAGCUGGCAGGGAUUGAAGUUCUAAGAAUCAUUAAUGAGCCCACUGCUGCAGCCUUGGCCUAUGGCUUACAUGAACAUAGCCACAUAAACUAUGUCAUUGUUGUUGAUUUAGGGGGUGGAACCCUUGAUGUAUCAUUGCUAAACAUCCAGGGUGGUAUGUUUGUUACCAUGGCAAUGGCUGGUAACAAUCGCCUAGGUGGACAAGAUUUUAAUAAUCGCUUGUUUCAUUAUAUUUUGAAGACCAUGAAGGAAAAACAUGGUGAACUGGAUUUGAGUUCAGAAGAUCUUCAGAGAUUGCAGCACAUAGUGGAAUCUGUGAAAAUAAACUUGACCACAAACUAUGUUGUACCAAUUCAAAUGCCUCUUGCAUUGCUCUCUAAUGGAGGAUCAAUUGGUGCUUUUGAAAUGAAUAUAACUCGUUCAACUUUUGAAAAACUUAAUCAUGACUUGUUUGAGAAAUCUUUGGAUCCAUUGAAAAAGGUUCUUGAGGUAACAGAGUUGAAUAAAAAUGAAAUUGACGAAAUUGUUCUGGUUGGUGGUUCUACAAGGAUCCCUAAAAUAAGAGAGAUUAUAAAGAAUUUUUUUGAUGGGAAGGAACCCAAUGUUGCCAUAGACCCUGAACUUGCUGUUGCCACUGGAGUGAGCAUACAAGCUGGGAUUUUAGGAGGAGCAUGGCCUUUACAUGUGUCUGCUAUUGAAAUUCAAAAUGAGCAGCUAAAAAAGAUAAAUGUUUAACAGUUUAAAGCAACAUUUCAAAAAGUAUUUAAUUAAAUUAUGAUAUUUUAAAAGGACCUUUUAGUUACAUCAUCAUCUAUGAAAGUUGUAAACUAUGAUUCUGACAUUUGUUGUGAUAUUUUCUACAAUUGCCAGCUGGAAAAAGUUAUUAAUAACGUUUAUAUUAUCAACAAUAAAUACUCAUGAUACUAGUAA